UUAAAGAAAUAAUAAGAUAAUUUCAAAAGAAAUAAGGGUAUUCCAUUUAAUACAUACACCACAGAUGAGUAAUUUCAAACUGAUUAACGCAAACUCAACCUCCGUUGGAAAAUGUCAUUUGCCGAUUACUGAUAUUUUGCUCGUUUUAGGAUAUGUUGCAGUUAUUGUUGUUGGUGUAGUUGGUAAUGUUUUAGUAAUGAUCAUUUUCCAGUUUAAGUUAAAACGAGGAGCGAUCAUUGAUUUACUUAUUUUUUACCUUGCUGUGUUUGACGGAUUAGGUUCAUUAUUUGGUCCAUUUGUAUUUCUAUACUGGACUUUAACUUGCAACCAAAGAUGGGAUUUUGGAUGGUAUGGAUGUAAAAUAUUGCCACCAUUUAGUCGAAUAAUUACAAACAUAUCAACUGGUGUUAUACUUAUUAUGGCAAUAGACAGAUGUCGGUCAAUUGUUUUUCCUUUGAAACAGCGUUUUCGACGUAAAACUAUGCACGCUGCUAUGUUUGCAACAAUUUUAACAUCAAUUGUUUGGGAAGCAUAUUACAUAAAGGCUCUUCACAUAGAUAAAUAUGGAACAUGUAAUUCUGUUGCCGUUAAUGAACCACUUUAUGCUUACCCACUUAUUGUAAUGGUGACAGCUAGAUCACUAAUUUUUCUUUUUCUUUUUAUUACGACUACAGCAAUAAUGUAUAUGAAACUUUACAAUUGUGAGAGAAUGAAGUUUCUUAAAAAUAGUUAUUUAAAAACGCCAAAUAAAAAUAAAAACGUUAUGAAAAUGUUAAUUAUCAUGGCAACAGUGUUUGUUGUGUCUGUUUUACCACGUGACAUAUUGCAUUUGUCACACACCAUUUCAUGGCUUCCUGGUGAAGGAGGAAUACAAAGUGUUGUUGUUAUUAACCAUUGGCUCCGGUUACUUCAAAUUAGUAAUGGAAUAUACAAUGUAUUUAUUUAUGGUAAAAUGUACAAUAAUUUCUGGAAAACCGUAAAAAUAAUGCUAGAUUGUAAUUACGCAUCUUGGCAACGUUUAAAAGUUGUAUGUCGUACCUUGACUCAAGAUAAGAUAUCUUUUUUUUUAAGAAAAAAAGCUAGGAGAAUUGCAAAAAGACAUUAUUGGAGAGCAAAAAAACAUGAUGGAACUAACAUUCAACAUGAUGGAACCAAAAAACAUGAUGGAACCAACAUUCAAGUUUUUUAUCAGAUAAACAUAAAAGAACUACAAUAAAAGUUGGUUUAAUUUAGAAAAACUAAUUUAAAAUUAAUUUAAAAAACCAUAUUUAAAAUAAUUAUCAUUUUAUUAAAUGGAUAACUAAAUGACAAAUAAAUCAUUAUAAAUAGGAACUAUUAUCAAAGUUUAUAGCAAUUGUAAGUAAGUCUAAAAAGUAAUUAUUGCAAUUACUUUAAAAGAAUUACUGCGAUUACUUUUAAAGUAAUCACUGGUUAGGUAUUUUGUACUUUACUUUUCCUUUCAAAACAAGUUCUUUGAUUUUUAAUCCCACGACAAAAUAAACUGGAACAACUCAACCCUGUUUAAUGUGUCUUUCCACUUUAACAAAGUAUUUAAAUCGUAAUCAUCAUUGUUCUCAGCAUAUACCCGUUUAUUAGAUUAGUAAUAUUUCAUACUUUUAUUUUUAAAAUUUGCUAGAAAUAAAAAUAUUGUUUUUUUAAGAAUUUAUAAGACUUCAUGAAUUAGUUUGUUGACGCCACAAAAUGAUUUAAUCCGCACAUCAAUCCCCUUGUGAAAUUCUAUUUUUAGCACCGCAACCCUGUGCUGUAAUGAAUAUAAAGUGAUUCGUGACUUUUCUUUUCAUAAUUUUUAAAUUAAAAUUUUGCUGUUUAUUUUAUCAAAGACGUGUAAAACAUUUAUAACUUUAAAGAGAGUGUAUUUAAGUUUAUUAUUUAUUAAUCUUAUUUGUAAAAUAUCUUUUGACGACGGUAUAACUAU